CCUAAACUUGGGGUUGAUGGCGGACCAUGAGCUGGACCCGAACGUGCCUUCAUCUUCAUCCCUCCACCUGGUCUCUGCCUUUCUCGCCAUGGAACCUCCGGAGGUGUUGAUCUCCUUGGCCCGGCUUUGUGGAGGUGGUUCGGUUACAGAGAAAGUACAGAACUUCAUUUGGGUCCACUGUAUAAGCAAAGCUGAUGAGAAAUUUUAUGCACCUUACUUGAAAGGUUUUCUGAAAAAGCUUAUUGAUGAACUUGAAUCAAGCGGUGCUGAGGUUUUGGAUGAACUGUAUGAACAAUAUGCAUUUUACAUGGCUUCAUUAAAGGAGGAUAAUUUGGCGAAAGGAAAUUCAAGGGUAUGGAAAUGGAUUACAUUUCUUUUUCCAAAUGACAAUCUUGAAUUCCCUAGUUGUCCAAAGCCAAGGAAGCUAGUGAUUCCAGUACGAUGUUCUCUCAACAUGCUUGAAGGAGAUACUGGUUGUUCCAUUUGGCCCUCAAGUCUUUUCUUGUCAGAGUUUGUUCUUUCUUGUCCAGAGAUAUUCUCGAGUAAAUCUUGUUUUGAGGUAAGUGCCUGUCCAACUGGAAAUCUUGCACAAGUUGUUCGUGCUAUCAUUUCUCCAUAUUAA